AUGACCGAGGCUGGGGGAAUCGACCGCAAGGCGGAUGAGAAAAUCCAAUUCUCAACCUCCAAAGAGGUCACGGUGCAUCCAACUUUCGAGUCGAUGUCGUUGAAGGAAAGCCUUCUCCGUGGCAUCUACGCAUACGGCUACGAGUCGCCAUCUGCCGUGCAGUCCCGAGCCAUUGUCCAGAUCUGCAAGGGACGCGACACCAUCGCCCAGGCGCAAUCGGGUACCGGCAAAACCGCGACUUUCUCAAUCAGCAUGCUCCAAGUUAUCGACACUGCAGUCCGCGAGACGCAGGCGCUUGUUCUAUCUCCGACGCGCGAACUCGCAACCCAGAUCCAAAGCGUUGUGAUGGCCCUCGGCGACUACAUGAACGUUCAAUGCCACGCCUGCAUUGGCGGCACAAAUGUGGGAGAAGACAUUCGCAAGCUGGACUACGGCCAACAUAUCGUCUCCGGCACCCCAGGCCGUGUCGCCGAUAUGAUCCGGCGCCGCCAUCUUCGCACGCGUCACAUCAAAAUGCUAGUGCUCGACGAGGCUGAUGAACUCCUCAACCAAGGGUUCAGGGAGCAAAUCUACGACGUGUACCGCUAUCUUCCGCCCGCCACGCAGGUCGUCGUUGUUUCGGCCACUCUUCCUUACGAUGUCCUCGACAUGACCACCAAGUUCAUGACCGACCCCGUACGGAUUCUCGUCAAGCGUGAUGAGUUGACUCUGGAAGGCCUGAAGCAGUACUUCAUUGCUGUCGAGAAGGAAGACUGGAAAUUCGAUACCCUGUGCGAUCUUUACGACACUCUGACCAUCACCCAGGCCGUCAUUUUCUGCAACACGCGGCGAAAGGUUGACUGGCUUACGGACAAGAUGAGAGAAGCGAACUUUACCGUCAGCAGCAUGCACGGAGACAUGCCGCAAAAGGAGCGAGACAGCAUUAUGCAGGACUUCAGACAGGGCAACAGCAGAGUUCUGAUCUCCACCGACGUCUGGGCCCGCGGUAUUGAUGUUCAGCAAGUCAGCUUGGUCAUCAACUACGACCUCCCCAGCAACCGUGAGAAUUACAUCCAUCGUAUCGGUCGGUCCGGCAGAUUUGGACGCAAGGGUGUUGCGAUCAACUUCGUUACUAGCGAGGAUGUGCGCAUUCUGCGUGAUAUCGAGCUGUACUAUUCGACGCAGAUUGAUGAGAUGCCCAUGAACGUCGCCGAUCUUAUCGCUUAA